UCAGCGGGCUAUGAGGAGGCGUGAUUGCGGCACCCGGCAAUGUCACACCGACAGGAGAGCGAGAGGAUCCCGGGUGCGCAGUCUGCUUCUCUCUGCCCCAUCGCGAUCUGCAAGGGAAGGGUUUGCCUUCUGUGACUGGUGUUUCGGGAGAGGAAAUCUGUAACCCGCACAGGAAGCCAUUGGAAGGAGCACAGACGAAGCAUACUCUCCCAGAUCACUGCAAGGUUAAAAAUGUCUGCCAUCCUUCAAGAACUGCUUAGAGCUUCAGAAAAAGCUGCAUGCAUUGCUCGCGCAUGCCGACAGGAAGAUGCACUAUUCCAGUUAUUAAUUGAGGAAAAGAAAGAGGGAGAAAAGAAUAAGAAAUUUCUCACUGAUUUCAAAACCCUUGCUGACGUCUUGGUCCAGGAAGUAAUAAAACAUGACAUUGGGAAAAAGUUUCCAGGUUUAGAAAAUCAAAUUGCAGGUGAAGAAUCAAAUGAAUUUACAAAUGAACUAGGAGAAAAAAUUACAGUUAAAGUGUGUGCAACAGAGGAAGAAACAGCUAAACUUUUACAAAAGGUCCUUGAUAAUAACGAAGCUGCAUCCAAAGCCUUAGCAAGGGUUGUUCAUCAGGAUGUGAGUCUAACAGACCCUGCACUUAGUGCCAUAAGUGUUGACAUUCCAUGGAGCAACAUCGCUGUGUGGGUGGAUCCUAUUGAUUCAACAUAUCAAUACAUUAAGGGAUCCUCAGAUACUGAGCCAAAUAAAGGAAUUUAUACUAAGGGCCUUCAGUGUGUAACUGUUUUAAUUGGUGUCUACCUGAUUGACACAGGACUUCCAAUUAUGGGUGUCGUUAAUCAACCGUUUGCCACAAAGGAUCCCAAAACACUCAGGUGGAAAGGCCAGCACUAUUGGGGACUGUCAUACAUGAAUUCCAAUAUCUGCUCACUACAGUUUACUGCCAAUGGAGAAAGUCAUAGCACACCAAAUGUCAAUUCAUUACAGCAAGGUGGAAAAGGAAAGGACUUCUAUUCAGCCGUAACUAGUUCAGCUGAAGCAAAGAAUAUUCUCAGCUCUCUGUCGGCAAUUUGUGGAGAAAACCUGCACUUCGCAGCAGGAGCAGGCUACAAGUGUCUUUGUGUGGUGCAGGGUCUAGUGGAUUUUUAUGUGUUUUCCGAAGAUACCACUUUCAAGUGGGACAGCUGUGCUCCUCAUGCCAUCCUGAGAUCUCUUGGAGGAGGUAUACUGGACCUUUCAGAGUGCCUGAAAAUGUUAAGGCACCAAAACGUAUUGACAGAGAAGCCCCAUCUGUUAUAUAAUUCAGAGGUAGAAGGAGCAACUGGGGCAGACAGGUGGUCUAAUAAAGGAGGACUUGUGGCCUACAGAUCAGAAGAACAUCUAAAAUCAUUUAUGUACAAUUUUCUGAAAAAUCUGCCUCACCAAAAAUGAGCAGUUUAAUGAGAUGAAGUUUUAUUUAUUUUACAUUAAAACAUAUCAAAUGGGUGGUAUAUUCAAUGUAUUAUGUAUAAAAAAAAACAUUUUUAUUGUUAUGUAUUCUAAGAGCUAAAAUGGUUUGUGGAACCUAAAAAGCAAGUGCAGUAGUAGAUCGUAUGAAUUUAUUUUCAAGUUAAUAUGCAUAUUACAUUAAUAAGUACAACAUCAAUUGGUGUGAUGGUUGACUUUUUGUUUUAGCAGUUUUUAAGAUAUUUUGGAAUAUUUGAUCAGUUUCAAUAUUGGUCUUAAACCUCAUUCAUUUUUUAACCAUGGCUACUUUUUAGUGCAACCCCUCUCUCCUGACACUCUUUAUUAACAAUUUGGAGAUAUUUACUACUAGAUGAACAAUGAGGAAGGAAAGGUCAGGUACUUGGUGGUAAUUAUUUCGAUUUUUAAGUAGGACUAGUCUGGUCAAAGCAGACUGAGUAAAAGAAAAAUGGUGUAGCUGGCAUUAUUGGAAGAGUGUAGUUGCACGUUGGGACAGCUGCCUGUGGAGGGUUUGUAUACUGAUACAUCAAGCUAGAGUACGUUGGCUCUGCUUGCGCCUCAUUUUCAAUUGUUCAUCCACGACCACU